CACCGCUAAGCUGGACAUGAUCCCAGAUCCUGUCCUGAAGACAAACAUAACUUCAGGAUGUGGAAACGUCACCAGGAGCAAAGGCACCAAUCGCCACGAUUCGAUUCAAAGCCAGGCUUCUUGCAUCUACUGGACAUUUGGAUUAAAAGGAGUGUGUGGCUGCUGCGGGCCCCUGAGGCCCCGCUACAAGCGUCUGGUGGACAACAUCUUCCCAGAGGAUCCCAAAGAUGGCCUCAGUAAGUCGGACAUGGAGAAGCUGACGUUCUGCGUGUCGGCGCCGGAGAAGCUGGACCGGAUCGGGGCGUACCUCGCCGACCGGCUGAGCAGAGACGUGGUGCGGCAUCGCUACGGGUACGUGGUGAUCGCCAUGGAGGCGCUGGACCAGCUGCUGAUGGCGUGCCACUCCCAGAGCAUCAAGCCCUUCGUGGAGAGUUUUCUGCACAUGGUGGCCAAGCUGCUGGAGUCCAGAGAACCGGACCUGCAGGUUCUGGGAACAAACUCGUUUGUGAAGUUUGCCAACAUCGAGGAGGACACGCCUUCCUACCAUCGCCGCUACGACUUCUUCGUCUCCCAGUUCAGCGCCAUGUGCCACUCGACUCACGAAGACCCGGAGACCAGAACCAGGAUCCGAGUCGCUGGGAUCAGAGGUCUUCAGGGAGUCGUGAGGAAAACUGUGAACGACGAGCUGCAGGCCAUCAUCUGGGAGCCUCAGCACAUGGACAAACUGAUUCCCUCCAUGCUGUUCAACAUGCAGGACGCCGAGGACCUGGACAGCCGUCGGGGCAUCCCAGCACGCCGUCCGUCGGGUCAGGAGGGCGAGGAGAACCCGGCGGUUCUGGCCGAGAACUGCUUCAGGGAGCUGCUGGGCCGAGCCGCGUACGGAAACAUGAAGAACGCCGUCCGGCCCGUGUUGGUUCACCUGGACAAUCAUCACCUGUGGGACCCGAAUGAGUUCGCCGUGUCCUGCUUCAGGAUCAUCAUGUUCUCCAUCCAGGCUCAGCACUCGCACCACGUGAUCCAGCAGGUUCUGACCCACCUGGACGGGAACAACAGGAGCACUCCGCGGGUCAGAGCCGGCAUCGUCCAGGUUCUGCUGGAGACGGUGGCCAUUGCUGCAAAAGGAUCUGUGGGUCCGACGGUCCUGGAGGUCUUCAACACGCUGCUCAAACACCUGCGGAUGAGCGUGGACUUCGAGCUGGGCGACGGCUCCAGGAGGAACUCCGGCAGCAGCAUGUCGUCAUUGCACGGCCGGGAGAGCGACGAGCGCAUCGUGCAGAACGCCAUCAUCCAGACCAUCGGGUUCUUUGGUGGAAACCUGCCAGAUUACCAGCGAGCCGAAGUCAUGAUGUUCAUCAUGGGGAAGGUGCCGGUGUACGGGACGCCGUGCCACACCUUGGACACGGUGAAGAUCGGGCCUCAGGGAACCAAGAGGAUCCAGACGAUGCUGCUCAGUUCCCUCAUCAUGGUGACCUCUGGGUUCAAGUCCAAGUCCAUGUCGGCGGCGCUGCCUCCUCCCUUCCUGGACCCGCUCUUCUCCAUCUCGCUGAUGGAGGACAGCGAGUUGAGGCAGCUGGUCCUCGAGAUCCUCCACAACAUCAUUGAUCGCCAUGACAACCGCGCCAAGCUGCGGCAUCAGGUAGCGGCGCAGAUCAUUCCCAACGUUGCAGCUCUGAAGAUCAAAAGGGAGAAAAUAUCCAAACAAGAUAUUGCGUUCAUGAAAAAGCAUGGCCAGCAGCUCUACCGCCACGUCUACCUGGGCUGCAAAGAGGAAGACAACGUUCACAAGAACUUCGAGCUGCUCUUCACCACCCUGGCCGUCCUGACCAUCGAACUGGCCAACGAGGAAGUGGUGAUCGACCUGAUCCGCCUCGCCAUCGCGCUGCAGGAAAUGGCUCUGAACAACGAGGAGAACAUGUCCAUGUUCAUCCGCUGCGGCAUCAUGGCGCUGGUGGCGGCGUACCUCAACUUCCUGAGUCAGAUGAUCGCCAACCCGCCGUUCUGUCAACACGUCAGCAAGGUGAUCGAGCUGAGAAACAUGGACGCUCCGUACCUCCUGCCUGAACACAUCUUCAGAGACAAGUGUCCCCUUCCUGAGGCUUUGAACAAAGACGACAAGCCGCUGUAUUUCCAAACGGCGGGCAUGGCAGAGUCCCUGGCAGGUCCAGGAUACAACGUGGAGAGGUUGUCCAUCCCUUACAUUCCACAGGUCACAGUUCUUUACACGGUAGGAAAAAUCAUCCACAGGUGCAAGCAGACGUCCAGAGACCGUAUGAACCGCAGGAAGAGUUUUGUGGACGCCAUCUCCCUCCAGGUGGACAUCAUUUCCAACAGCCUGCCAGACAAGCAGUCGGAGCUGGCUGAGGAGAUUACGUUCGAGACUCUGAAGAAGGCCAUCGAUACGACCGGCUUGGAGGAGCAGGAGAGGGAGAAGAGGCGUCAGGUGAUGGAGAAGUUCCAGAAAGCUCCGUUUGAGGAGAUCGCUGCUCACUGCGAGUCCAAGGCCAACUUGCUCCAGGACCGCCUGGAGAUCUUUGAGCUCACCAUCCGGCCGCCGCCCAGCCCGUCCGGCGUGGUUUCCAUCUCGGCGGGUCACACCCAGCAUCCGUCCAUUCCCGUCUACGAGAUGAAGUUCCCGGAUCUGUGCGUCUACUGAGCCGCUCGGACGUCAACGAGGGCAACCUCAGCUUUUCCUCCAAUCAGCACGCCGCCAGGCGGCAGGGAGCCAAUCAGAGACUCGGACAUGCGGCGGGCUGAACCGGCCGCACGUCGUUUCUCCGAUUCACGUCCCUGAACCCAAACGGUCGAAUACAACAAAACCAGAACAAUGCAAACCGCUUUACGCUCCUCGUUGAUGUCGAUGCUUAAGCUUCACGCUGUGUAGAAAAACUAAACGAUCCUGUUGGAUCCAAACCGCCUGCAGGUUUUACCAGCUGAUCGAUCGUCUGUAUUGACUCAGAAAAACACGAAAAGCAAUCAGUUCAAACGGCUCAUGGUUGGUGAAACGGAUCCAGCUUUUAUUCCUGAAGCUUUUCAAGGAUUUGAAGAUGAACAAAAUCAGAACUUUUACAAUGAUUCUUGGAUUAAAAUUUGGCCAAAUUUGAAAUGUUAGUAUUGUCAAAUCCAGGAAGUCGGUGAAAUGGGAUUUUGUCUGGCAGAUUUUCCAGGAAUAACUUAGAAAUAAACUCAAUUAGUUCAUUUUUCUGAAGCAAAGUCGAGAACAAAAUGAUAAAAAUGUUCAGUUUUAAAAUGACAUGCAAGUAUAAUGAAUGUUAAAAUGAAUGUAAUUCCAGUUUAAAUCUGCCCUCUGUGUUCAGACACAAAACAGCCACUAGAAGUGUUGGUGUGAAAUUACUUCAUAUUUAGGUUUUUAAGGAUAAAAUAAAACCUUUACAUAUUUCACUGUCUGGUGAAAUAUGAUGAAAUAUUUUAGGUCUGAUGGAAGAAAUAUGUCUUUGGAUUUUAAUGUUUGACCAAAAUAAGCAGAAAAGCUUCAACAUUCUGCAUCAUUAAGCAGAAUUAUCAAGAAUUACAGACUUUAUUAACCUGGAAAUAAAAAUCCAAUAUGGCUGCCACGUAUUUAACCAAGUGGAAGCCAUCAUUCAUUUUUUUCCACCCAUCGCCAUCAUGCAGUUCAGCACAGGAACCACAGGGGGCAGCGCAUCACUAUUUACGGACUUAAAGCUUUAGCUUGGUGGCUACUGCCUGACCAGCUAACUGGCUAAUGAUGCUACGGCUCUACCGAAGCGUUUACUUCUAGUUCUCGGUUCACCAGGCGAGUUGGGAUUAAAACAUCUGGAUUAUUUCCAGAUUAUAAAAUGUGAUCAACCCUUUAAAUCAAAGAUGCAUCGAUAUUCCUGGAUCUUCUUACAGCUGGUUUAAAACGCUGGAAAAUCUUAGAGGUUGUUGUCAUGGCUGCUAAACCCAAGAGUGUAAAGUUUUUCGAAGUGGGUCGGUUCUGAGUGUGGAGGUUCCUGAGGUUCUGGUCGGGCUGCAGCUGGUUCUGGUUACCAGAACAUUCCUCUGGUCUGAUCAGACAUGAGCAAUCGAUCCGGGGCGCAUCCAGCUGGAUCAGAACCGAAUCGUUUCUGGUGGUUCUGUACGUUGAGCUCGGAUUCCUGAACAGUGAAAUUUGAUGGUUUUUAUUCACCAACCUGAGCCUGUUAAAGCAUUGGAUUCAUUACUUUAACUAGACCCAUACCAGCAGAACAUCUGUGGGAACGUAUUCAGAACGAACCGCUGAGUUCGGGUCCAAAAGAUGGAAACGGAUUAACAUGGGAGUUCCUGAAGGUGCAAUACCAACCAUGACCACUAGGGGUGGGAGCCCUUAUUGACUAAAGUUAAAGCAAAUGAACUGACAGGUUAAUUAAUAUUAAAGUUAAUCCAGUUUAGUUUCUGAAUUAAAUCUAUAGUGAAUAUUUUUCAGUGUUUCUCGACGUUCAGCCUGGUUCUUCUCCACCAGAGGAUUUCCAGAAUCUAAAGUUCUGGGCGGUUUUUACCUGAGAUCCCCAGAACUUCAGGUUCAGUUUGUAAUCUGAGGUUCUGGUCGAGGACGGGCUGCUGUCCGGCUGCCAAGAGUUUGAUCACAAAGCAUCGACAUCAGUCUAGUAAUAAUUAAUUAGUAAUAAUUGAUCUGUGCAGGUUCGGAUCGUCCACCAGCUUCUGUACAGAAACCUGAUCCAAAGCAUUCAGAUCCAACUGGAGCAAACUGAGCCGUUUGUGAAACCCGAUCCGUCCAGAACCCGACGGUUUACCGCCUGGCCGGGUCCGGCCCGGUGACUGGCUGGUUUGAGACGUGGCUGGAAAACGUGAUGAAUGUUGCUGACUCAGCAGAUGGUAUAUUUUUGUACAUUUCAUGCUUCAGUUGCUGCCUGGUAGAUUUCAGACAUAUCAUUGAAAAAAUGCUGAAUCAUUGAAAAAAUGCUGAAUCAUUGAAAAAAUGCUGAAUCAUUGAAAAAAUGCUGAAUCACCGUUUCUUGUUGUUUGUCGUCGCUUAGCAACUGAAUCCAAUCACGAGUCUGUCUCUAAUCGUAGCGAUUAUUUUGAUGAAAAUUAGCUCUUAUAGAUUUUUAAUUUCGGUCUAAACAUUUUAUUUAAUUGGUGUUUUGGUCAGAAAUCACCAGCAGACCCCCCCGGUCCCCCACCGGGGUUCAGAUCACUCUUUGCUUUUUGCACAUAAAGUUUGUCAGUAUUAGUUGCUGAGUGGAGGAGAGAUCAGCUCUGUCAAACCCAAAUGGAUCGCGGUUCCCCUUGUUUGCACUUAAAACGGUUCUGAGGCACAAAAACGGUACGAAUGGAAAAGUUUUUACUCUGAAUGUUCAGCUGGUCGACCUCGAGGCCCGAUUGGACCGGCCUCACUGCGGGACGCCGCCGGGAUGGCGCCGCCUCGUUUCAUGGUCUGGUGCAGCCGUCUGUGUCUUGUUGUAGAGAAACGUCUCGUCUCUGUUCACCUUCAGAGUUGUUAAUCAGUGAGUUAUGACCACUAGGUGGCGCCGAGGCUCAGCUCUUCCUGCAGGUUCAGGAAAUGAUGUCGUUUUGGUUCAGGGCUCUCUAAGCUGACGGUGGAUGUUUGGGUUUUCUCUUCUCGUUUCCUGAGCUGCAGCAGAGCCUCGGCGUUUCCAUCACGUCUCACAAUGUGUUGAAAUUUAAGAUUCAAAUUAAAAGUUUCUAUUGAAGCA